UCUCGUGUUUGAACGAACAUGAAAAUAAAUAAAAAAAUAAAAAAAAGGCGCAGACCACGUGGCACGAUCUCCAGCCUGUAAUAAUUGACUCCAAAGAAAACGGAAUAAUCCCUUUCCGUUCACCGUCACAGAUAUCCACGUGUUCAAUUCUCUGUCAUCCACGUCACCACCGCACUAGCCGCCCCGGGGAAGAUUCGCCUCUUUCCGACGAAAUAGCGUAGAAUAGUUGUAAAACGUACAAUUACAGCAAAACACUUCCAACUUUCUCUCUCCCUAUAUUCACAUGUGUAUAUAUGUGUAUGUAUAGGUGGACGAUCCUGUUGUUGUUGUUGAAGUUUAGAUCUGAAAUUGUGAGAGUUUGACUAAUUUUGAAGACAGCAAAUGAAGAAUUUGAGUUUCUACAAGAGGUUCUCGAGCUCCUUUGGUGAAUAUCCUUCGCUAUCGAGGUUUCUGGUGGUUUUUGCCGUCAGUGGUGGGGGUCUGGUGGCUUAUUCUGAGGCGAAUAAUAUACAAAAUGGUGCGAAGAUCGAUGAGUUACCGGAAGCAGGUAGUGAGAAAAAGAGGGUAGUGGUACUUGGAACUGGUUGGGCUGGAACAAGUUUCUUGAAGAAUCUCAAGAAUCCUUCAUAUGACGUUCAAGUGAUAUCACCAAGGAAUUAUUUUGCAUUCACACCUUUGCUACCAAGUGUUACAGUUGGUACCGUUGAAGCUCGUAGUGUUGUUGAACCUAUUCGCAACAUCGUCAAGAAGAAGAAUUUGAAUGUUAAUUACUGGGAAGCUGAAUGCUAUAGGAUCGAUGCAAAAAAUAAGAAAGUUUACUGUCGUUCAAGUCAAGAGGAUAAAGAAGAAUUUGUUGUAGACUAUGAUUACCUGGUGAUCGCAAUGGGAGCUCGUGUUAAUACGUUUAACACUCCUGGUGUAGAAGAAAAUUGUCACUACUUGAAGGAAGUUGAAGAUGCUCAGAAGAUCAGGAGGACUGUGAUCGACUGCUUUGAAAAGGCAAGCUUACCUACUUUGAGCAAUGAUGAGCGGAAACGAAUUCUUCAAUUCGUUGUUGUUGGUGGUGGGCCCACUGGAGUGGAGUUUGCAGCCGAGCUUCAUGAUUUUGUGUCGGAGGAUUUGGUGAAGUUGUACCCGUCGGUUAAAGAUUUAGUUAAAAUAACGCUUCUUGAGGCAACCGACCAUAUCUUGAACAUGUUUGACAAACGAAUCACAGCUUUUGCAGAACAAAAGUUUCACAGAGACGGUAUAGAUUUGAGGACCGGUGCAAUGGUUGUGAAAGUGUCGGAUAAAGAAAUUUCAACCAAAGUGAUUAAAACCGGAGAGAUCGCUACUAUACCCUACGGAAUGGCAGUCUGGUCGACUGGUAUUGCAACUCGUCCGGUUGUAAUGGAUUUCAUGAAGCAGAUUGGCCAGGCAAAUAGACGUGUAUUAGCUACCGAUGAAUGGCUUCGAGUUGAAGGGACCAACAGCAUAUAUGCGCUUGGAGACUGUGCUACAAUUAAUCAGCGUAAAGUCAUGGAGGAUAUUUCGGCCAUAUUUCAAAAGGCAGACAAGGACAACUCGGGAACGCUUACGGUUAAAGAGUUCCAAGAAGCACUUGACGACAUAUGUGACAGGUAUCCUCAGGUGAAACUAUAUCUGAACAAUAAGCAAAUGAGCAGCUUGGUCGAUCUACUUAAGGAAUCCAAAGGAGAUGUUGCAAAAGAAUCGAUUGAACUGAACGUUGAAGAAUUUAAAUCGGCUCUUUCUCAAGUGGAUUCACAGAUGAAGAAUCUUCCUGCCACAGCUCAGGUUGCAGCUCAGCAAGGUUCCUAUCUUGCUGAUUGUUUCAACCGCAUGGAAGAAUGCACGAAAAAUCCCGAAGGUCCUAUUCGUUUCAGAGAGUCUGGCAGGCAUAGAUUCCGUCCCUUCAGGUACAAGCAUCUUGGUCAAUUUGCUCCAUUAGGAGGAGAGCAAACAGCAGCACAACUCCCCGGUGAUUGGGUAUCUAUUGGUCACAGCUCUCAGUGGCUUUGGUACUCUGUGUAUGCAAGCAAGCAAGUCAGUUGGCGUACAAGGUCGUUGGUGGUGUCAGACUGGAUGAGGCGUUUCAUCUUCGGGAGGGAUUCGAGUCAAAUAUGAGUUGAUUUCAACGUAUGCGAUAUAUGCAUAAUGAUAAGUCCCUAAUUUUCUGGUUGUCAUAAAGGCAAGUUUUGGUGCAUGAUCCAUACAUUUUACCCGAUUCAUUUUUGUUUUGUAAACAUAUGCUGCUGCUCUGUUCUUUGUUAUGUUUUCUGUUAAUAAGAAGCAAUGUCAUAAAUCGUAAAUCAGAUUCAGACAAGAGUUGCUAACAAUAUGCAUGGCGGAAUUGUAGGUUUCGAUUCGAUUUUGUUGUCUUGAUGUUCUUUAAUAUUUUUUACAAAUCUUUUUAUAUCACAUGUUGACACGGAUGCAAAAUAAAAUUCUUGGGUUUGCUCUAA